AUGUCGCUACCUCCUGCGGCUUCAUCCGUUUUUCUGACGACGUCUUUCUCUCCUCUCUUCAUCCUGCAGGAACGACCCAACUAUGCACUUCACCAACCAACUACAGCAAUAUACCCGUAUUCUUCCAGAGAGGAGUCCAUGAAAUGCAACCGAUGUGACCGAUCUUUUCGUAAAGCUUCUGAGCUCACGUUGCAUCAGUACACACAUGACCUUGAAAAACAUACUAGGAAUAAAAUGUUUCAGUGUGCACCAGUGCUACUGGUUGUCGUCAUUGAUACCCUGAGAAUUCAGCGUCGUGGACACUUUAUGCAGGCUACCUAA